AAACACCACCAGGUGUCUGUCUCAUCCCAGGUGGGCUCUUCUGGUUGCACUGCAAGGCUUUUCCCAGGCAGCAUGACCAGAGGGGACAAUAGACAGUGACAUGCAUGCUCUGGCACACAGCCAUGAACAGGGUCCCCUUUCUGAACCGUUAUGUGUCUGCUGGAUCCACUAGGGGACAUGAACUUGUGAGUCUCAUUUUAGGUCCCAAAAGGCGUCUGGGGACGCUGAGCAGCACAGAGACCCACGGGGGCGGCACGUUAGCAGGGAAGCUCACGGUGAGGGGUAAAAUGCUCUGUGAGUCUGGAGGCUUUGGAGAAGCGUUUCUGGCGAAGAGCAGCAUCCCCCCGGGCAUCCUGGUCUGCCAGGUUGCUCUGAGCAAUGAUUAUGUUCAUAGGACACAGCUGGGAGAGGCGCAGCAGAGCUGAGCGCUGCCCACAGCUGGUGCUUGGGCUGGGGACAUCAGCCCAUCUCCGACAUGGUGACAGAGGCAACUUGCUGCACCCCCCAGCUUCCACGGAGAGGAGAUGCUCCGUAUCCUUGUGGGUCCCGUGUAGGGUUGGUGUCUCAGGGGAAUUUCCCUCUCCCAAAUCCGCCUCCUGGCUCUGCAGCCCCGUCCCUAGGGAGCCAAUGGCCGGGUGUCCCGCACAUUAGCCCAGCCUGUCAUCCCAUUAACGACCUUCUGGCUAAUCCCAUCUGAGCCGGGCGAUCAGAGCUCGGCCAUGGCUGCACACACCCCUCUGCCCCCCAACCUCCGCCGGGGCUUGGCGGCCUUCAGCGGCUCCCUCUUCAUCAACAACAAGACCCGGGACAGCGGCGCUGCCCACACCUACCCCCCAGCCCCCGCGGCGCUGGCCAGCCUGCCCCUCCAGAUGAUGCUCUACUUCAACGCCUGCUACUUCCCAGCGUGGUGCCUGGCCGAGGGGCUGAUGCUGCAGCUGAAGUACCACCUGCUGCCUUGGCACUACCAGUUCCUGCUGGUCACUGCCUUCCUCAUCCUCUCACUGGCUGAAGGCUCCCGCCUCUACCUGGGCUACGUGGGGAACCUGCAGGAGAAGGUGCCCGAGCUGGCCGGGUUCCUCCUCCUCUCCUUCCUGAUCCAGCUCCCCCUCCUGCUCUUCCUGCUGACGGACGGCCACGUCGUGCGCCUGCCGCUGGAGACAGCCAUGCACAGCCUGCUCCUGGCCUUCCUCCUCGCCGAGAUCGCAGCCGCGUUCCUGGCGCUGAGGACCAUGACCAGGCAGCUGGCGGCGCAGUUCCACCUGCGGCAGUUCAAGGAGGGCGGGGGAGGCUGGGGCAGGGGUGAUGCUGCGGGAUCCCUCCAAUAAACACUGCUCAGACGCCACUGCACCUCCACACAGCGUUUUUGAGCCCAGGGGAAGUGGGAGAUGUGCCCAAGAUGCUGAGGUUCCCCGCAGGGCUGCACUUGGCUUCAGUGGGCAUCAACCCCGGCAGGAACCAGCAGACAGGAGCCAGCACACCCCUCUGCAAGCCAGUACCAGCCAGUGCUGCCAACCUCCCCGAGCACGGCUGAGCUGGGAAGGGGCAGCCCUCAGGAUCUGGGGGCUCAGCGGAGCCAUGGCAUCAGGAAGCACACAGGGCACCACGAGGGGCAGGAGCAGCAGCGCGACACCUUCCAGCCACCCCCGGGCUA